AUGAAGGGCUUCACGGUGCUGCUGUGUCUCGGCUGUGGCUUGAUGGCCAGUGGUCAACUUCAGCAGAACAAGAACAGCUUUGCGACAGAGGACACCAAGAGCUUGCCUCCGAGUGCACGCGAUGAGGCCAUCGAAAAUGAAAUUGAAAUUCAGCUUGGUAGCAAUGGUGGGCAUUUAACCUUUUUCAUGACCAUUGCUGCCUUGGACAGAAGACUCAGAGCCACUGAGCGAAGGCUUGAGGAGCUUCAGAAAGUGAAUGAAGAACAAGCAUCAGCCCUGAGACUGAUGGAGACGAGGCUGUCGUACCGUCUGAUCACAGCAGAGGGCAAGAUGAAGGAACUCGGCAGGAGUUUCUCAGAGAGACCAAAGAUUGCCUUUUCAGCCUCAGUAGGGGGACUGGGGAACAGGGGACCUUUCAACACCGACACAAACCUGGUCUUCAAAGAUGUCAUGACCAACGUAGGGAAUGCUUUCAAACCCGCUACAGGUAUCUUCACAGCCCCAGUGAAGGGGGUCUAUCUGUUCUCCCUGUUCGAGCGCUCGCUGUCCCCCCAGCCGGCGUCCAUGUCCCUGCACAAGAACGACCAGAUGAUCGCGAGCGUGGGCAACCGGGCGUCCCAACGCGAGGGUGACGAGAACGGCUCCAACGGGGUCACUUUGCAGUUGGAACAGGGAGACCAGGUGUACGUGAGGCUGUUGAAGGACUCCUGGGUCUACGACAGCACGGCACACUUCACCACUUUCAGUGGAGCGCUGCUCUUCAGCUUGUGA